AGGGGGGGGGGGGUGCAGAGCUGCAAGUCUUCUGCAGUGAGGACCUGAGGAGCAGAGCAGCUAGAGCCAGAAGGACAAGGGGCUUCCUUCUCCAGCAUCUCUCUCAAGAGAACUAGGUUGUUCUUGCUGACCCUCCCAGCUCUUCUGCUCUGGAAAACUGCUUCAUUGCUCCAAAGUUUGAAAGCAUGGCUUCUGUGUUUCAAGAUACCACUCAGGCUUUGGUAAGGCAGCUGGAUCCCUCAGGUGAGCUGAUUCCUGUCACCAGCAUCAUUGAUGUUUCCUGCUUCCGGCCUUUCUGCCUGGUGAAGAGAACAAGAACAAGCUUCUGGGGAGUCCGAUAUGUCAAGACAGACUUCUCUCUCAGAGAUAUUCUGGAGGAAGGACCUGAACUGCCAGAGCCAAGUAAAGAUCCAGUGAUUAAAAUUGGAGAAAACACUGAGAAGACUAUGGCAACUGGAGUCACUGCUGCAGACAUUGGGAUUACUGGGAUGAUCACCUUUUCUGCUGGUGGCUCCCAUAAUAACUACCUGGAGAUUCAGAAACUGAGCGUCGUGCACGAGUUGGAGUCCUUAAGGAAACGGAAACUGAAGGUGCCAGAGCCAAACAUUCUGAAGAAGCUUCGGGAGCAUAAUGAGAAUCUGUAUAUGGUGACUGAGGCAGUAGAGACACUGAAGGAUGCCAAGCUGGAGAAGAGGAGGAAGGCUGAUGCAGGCAUAUAUGUCCCUCUCCUUAAUGCUUUGCAGUUCAAGGGUUCCUUUAGCUUCGAUUCCACCAUCCAUGUCUCUGAGGGCUCCAUCCUGGCCUUCCGAGUAAAGCGGCUUCACUUUUUCCACAGAGAUUGGGUCGCCUUGGAACAAGAUGAAGACUUUAGAGGAUACUUUGAUAUGCCUUACAGCCUCAGACUAUUGCGGGACAAUGGCGACCCAGAUUCAAUAAAGCAGCAGCAGGAGCCUGAGCUACCCUCCCAAAGCACCACCGGAUUCCAGGCACUUCAGGCACAGGUGAAACCAGAGAUCCACAUCUUGGAGACCUUGACCCUAAAACACCGGCAAAGCCUGAUGGAGGCUCUCCUGGGGCUUCUGGGUCAGGCCAAAGCCCUACAAGAGCUGGAGGACACGAUGAACCGAGCAUUGGACCUUGAGGAGCCAGUGACCCCAGGAUUCCUAGGGGGCCCUGGGGAUGCCAUCCUAGCCAAGCUGCAGGAUGCUUCAGGCAAACUCAACCCUUCCUGGGCAGGGAGCAUUCUCUACCUGUUGGGAGCACUCCACGAGCUGAGUGAGGAGCAACAGCAACUGCUGGCAAUGUCUGUGGAGAAGGAGAUUCUCUCCCAACAGCUAGAACUGAUGAAGACCAUCCUGGACGAGAAUUUCCUUCGAACUGAGGCAGGAUCAUUUCCUCUCCAUUGUGAGCUCCUCCAGAGCCUUCAAGGAGAGGAGCUGACUGUGACGCAGGCCCUGAUAGGUCUCUGUGGCCUUGACCUACAGGGUGAUGGUCCCCUCUUUGCCUGGGACCCUGAUGUCCUGCCUCCUCUCUGUGCCCUAUAUGCUGUCCUCUCUGUUUUUCAAGCAUUAUCUAGAACCUCUUGGUUUAGCAGCCCCUUCACUAAAGUCCUUAACACCCUGAACUUCUCAAGGAGGGGAAAGUAAAGAGGAAUUUGGUCACGUGAGUGAUAGGGACUGAUCUCUUUUCUUUGCCUCAGCUAUCUAAGGGCUUGGGCCUUUGGCCCAGCCUAAGCAGAGGAGUUAUUUAAGCCCUAUUCCCUUCUCUCCCCUUUCUCUCUCUCUCUCUCUCUCUCUCUCUCUCUCUCUCUCUCUCUCUCUCUCUCUCUCUCUCUCUCUCUCUCUCUCUCUCUCUCUCUCUCUCUCUCUCUCUCUCUCUUUCUCUCUCUCCCUCUCUCUCAUACCUUUCUUCCUCCUGUUUGUAAUUAAAAACUCCAUAAAAGGUUGACUGCUGACUUGAGUUUUCAUUUAG